CUUGACUUUCUUAGGGAUCAUGUAAAUAAGGAACGCCUGUUUCGGUCUGUCUCUUGUGCUGUGAGGAAGCUUUCAUUUCGGUAGGCAAGGGGACUCUGUUGUGUAACUAGAAUGGAGGGGCCAUGUGCUGCUUCCAGCCACUGGACGUCCCCGGCCAGCUGUGUGGGUCCUGGUGUAUGUGGCGCAGGCGCAGCAUUCUUCACCAGCCUCAUCACAACACUCCUCGAGUCGGAACGCCAACUAGGAAACCCGGAGCAAUAUCCUAGGGACACCAGCUCUUGCCUGAGGGACGAGUAUGAUUUUAUUGUUGUUGGGGCGGGUACUGCAGGAUCCGUGGUGGCGAGUAGACUCAGCGAGGUGCCGAACUGGAACGUUCUUGUCAUAGAGGCAGGCAGUGACCCACCUCUGGCAUCAGACAUUCCCGCCAUAUUUCUCGGUCUUCAAAAAUCUGACAUCGACUGGCAAUUCAAGACGGAACCCCAGAAAGAUAAUUGCCAAGGAUUGCUGGGUAAACGAUGUAAUUGGCCCAGGGGAAAAGUUCUGGGCGGAUCUAGUACAAUAAACAGUAUGUUGUACUUCCGGGGAAUGAAAGGUGAUUUUGAUGAUUGGGCUACAGCCGGAAAUGAUGGGUGGAGUUACGAAGAAGUUCUGGAAUACUUCAAGAAAUCUGAAAAUUUUGAACCGAACGCAAAUGAAAAUUAUCCCGAAUCAUUUUAUCACGGUAUAGGAGGACCUCUCAACGUGCAGAGAUUUGAAAGCCUAGAUCUCGCAUGGCUGCUUCAAGAUGCCGUCAAAGAAGCAGGGUACGAAGUAUUGGAUGAUAUUAAUGGUCCAAGCCAGUUAGGAUUUGCACAUCUACACGGUACAAUUAUAAACGGUACAAGAUGCAAUAUUGCUAAAGCUUUCCUCGGCCCUGCCAGAAACAGGAAAAAUCUUCAUGUUAUAAAGAAUUCGAAAGUAAACAGAGUCAUAAUUGAUCCUGUUUCAAAAGUAGCCAAUAUUGUUGAAUUUAGCACACGUGAUAACCAGAUUCACCAGAUUAGAAUUAAGAAAGAAAUCAUCUUAUCAGCUGGUACUAUUAAUUCUCCACAACUGCUCAUGCUGUCUGGUGUUGGCCCAAAAGAACACCUUAAGGAAUUCGGUAUCAAUGUCAUUAAGGACACGAAAGUCGGCGAAAAUCUUCAGGAUCACUUGAUAUUUACUGGCUCGCUAUAUAGCAUAAGAAAAUCUGAUAAGUUUAAAUCAAGUCCAUUAGCUUUCCUUGAUUCAUCAUAUGAAUAUCUAACUCGGAGAACCGGGCCACUUGCUACUUUUUACGGAACCACUCUAUCAGGAUUCAUUAGGACGAAUCUCUCUCCAGAUGAAAGGCCAGAUAUCCAUUUCUUUUAUUUCGCUAUUUUAGCAAACGACACGAAAGCAUCUGUCGCAUUUGGAACCGCGUUAGGUUUAACAGACGAGACAAUUUUAUCAAUGCAAGAAAUAUCAAAAGAAGGUGACGUUGUCAUGGCGGCUCCACUUCUUUGUCGACCAAUAAGUAGAGGUAAGAUACUUCUAGGUUCAUCAAAUCCAUCAGAUUAUCCUAAAAUAUAUCCAGGAUACUUAACAGAUACAAAGGACUUGGACACAAUACUGGAAGGCAUCAAGGCAACCGACAGAAUAAUGCAGACUGAUGUGAUGAAGAGUCGUAAUGCAAGAAAGAAGAAGUUGAUUGUGAGUUCGUGUGAAGGAUUUGAGUUCGAUACGACGCCAUAUUGGGAAUGCAUGCUGAGAAACAUUGGAACAUCGGCUUUUCAUGCUGUAGGUACAUGCAAAAUGGGACCAAGUUCAGAUCCAGAUGCUGUUGUUGAUCCAAAACUAAGAGUUCAUGGUGUAAAAGGAAUCAGAGUGGCUGAUGCAUCCAUAAUGCCUACUAUUGUGAGCACACCGACAUAUGCAACAACUGUUAUGAUUGGAGAGAAGGCAGCGGACAUGAUAAAAAUGGACUGGCUCCAGUAAGAAUGAAGUCAGGUUUCGUAAUAUGUUUGGGAAGUAGAGGUAAUGGUUCAUAACAAAUUUGAAAAUAUAAGCAUGAUAUAAAAGUUUUGCUUUCCUGUUGCAUAUACACUUAUUUACUUUCAUCGUUAAUACGGCGCAUGUAAUUCGAGAGGGAAACCAUUAAAAAA